AUGCAGAUCUUUGUCAACGCCCUUGAUGGAGAACUCCACAGAUUCGAUUUGGCUCCAGAAACCACUGUUGCCGAUUUGAAGCAACAAAUUGGAGCUUCCGACGAAAUCCUUUCUUUCGGAUCCAAGAUCCUCGAUAACGGAGCUGCCACUCUUUUCUCUCUUGAUAUCACCAACGGAUCUUCCUUGGCUAUCAAUGCUAGACUUUUGGGAGGUAAAGUUCACGGUUCUCUCGCUCGUGCCGGUAAGGUCCGCGCUCAAACCCCAAAGGUUGACAAGCAAGAAAAGAAAAAGAAGAAGCAAGGUCGUGCUGCUCGUCGCAUCCAAUACACUCGUCGUUUCCUCAACGUCGCUACCGGACCAGGAAAGAAGCGUGGACCUAACUCCAACUCUUAA